CCUCUUGCCAGGCACAUCAAUACCCCUCGAAUAGGUACACUACUACUACUAAUCAAUCAAAUCAAUCAAGUCCAGUCUGAUGUCGAUUGUGAAAAAAGCUACGCUGCUAGAAGCUCUGAAUGUCAUCUCAUCCUGUGGACAGGAAGUUUUUCACUGAAAUAGUUUUUGCGACUCAAAAAGUAUAAGGAUGCGGAUGAGAGAAGAAUGAAGAGGAUGUGCUUCCCUUGGUCGUUUCCAUUUGUGGCAGGAAUUUUUCUGUGUGCUGUGGAAGGCGUUGUGGCUCUCUCUUGGUCCAACCCAGGUGUGGCUUUCUCUUCUACAGCAACUUCUACAGUACGAUCACCGCAAGAGCCAAGCGAUCCUGCGAACAAUAGUACGUCUUCGACGUCUCUUAUGGAGAUACUUACACAGACGAUUUAGAUAUUAUAGAUGACGUUGACGACGUACAACAUGUAAUUGUAAGUUUUAGCUUUAAGGCAGAUGAUAGACACGGUAACGAUGAUGCAUGUGACUUUUUGUUGUGGCUUAUGUACGACGUCACAAGUUGUAGCAAGUUUCAAGCGUUCUUAAGUAAACUAUUUUGUGCUAGUAGGGAGAUGGAAAAGCCCAUUCUUAGCCAGUUCUUUGGUGUUAGCACUUUCAAAGUGUCAAAUUUGAAGUAGUGAACUGCAAUGCUGCAAAUCGUAGAGUACAAUAUCCUUGAUACUUGGUAAUAGUAUGUAGGACAUUUGAGCCUUAUCUUAAGAGAUUGAUACGAUUCUGAGAAGAUUUUUGAUUUUUCUGACAUUCGUUGCUAAUCGCUUCACUGGAUUUAAAUUCAAUUGAAACAGCAUAUAAUCAAAAUUUCUUGGAUUCAAAGGAAGAUUGAGAUUCGAAUUGAAUUGAGAUUUGAAUUGGAAACAAAAUUGAUCAUAUCGAUUGAAAAUUGAAACCCAAAGUUCCGCUGUACUAUGUCAUCCUCCCUAGUAUCCUCAUCUCCCUAGUAUCCUCAUCUCCUUAGUAUCCUCCUUCUUGCUGAUUAAAUGUUCAAACUGUCCUCUCUACUCUUUUGAUGCAAUUUUGUUUGUCGUUGCACAUUGGUAGUUACGCUUAUUUUAAUGCUUACGCUUAUUUAUCCCUUGGAGCAGGUGGUUCUUCAACCCUCAAGGUAGAUGGAUCGGGACUGUAGAUGGUUCUUCCCUCAACCCUCAAGGUAGAUGGUUCUAAAAUCGAGCAGUCAUGGGACCCUCUGGACAUCGCUACUCGCAAUAUCGGUGCAGGGGACACGCCUGACGAAAUUUUUGAGGACUCGGAGACCACUGAUCUAUUCCCGAAUCCUUUGGAUUAUGGCACAGGGCAAUAGCAAUCGCACAUAGCAAUAGCACGUUUACGACGGCUUUGAGCCGAGUUCUGAACGUUAAACUAGCAGCGCAGGCAUGCUGACCUAUGUGUGAACCUCUAGACUACGUCCGGUCGGAGAUACAGGGUCUGCGAACAUGAUUGGACUUGGAGUAAGUAAAAACAUCAUCAUCAUAGUGCCCAUAUUAAAGAUUGGAUGUAAUUUGGCACAUUUAGCUCGCAAAAGAUUCCAUGUAAUUGUAGUAAUGCCACGCCAUCAUCCUCAGAGGCGAGCAGGUGCCGGUGGGGCUCGUUGUGCAGGAUCCAUAACCUAACCUAACCACGCCGAGUAGAUUCGUAUCAUCAUCAUGUACAUCAGUCACAAAAACAGUCUGCAAAGGAGUCUGUUCCUCUUCAUCCUCCCGAGAAUGGACGAGCUGCAGAAUGCAGCUGCGAUUGCUGUUUCGUGCAAAAUCACGAUUCAGCCACGUUGGAUAUUGAGUCGGAGCUCAACUUCCCAGCUGGAGGUAAAAGGACACUUAAAAAGGGUUUACUUUUAUGAUAGAUUGGUGUUGAAGAUGGUUUUCACUCGUAUUAUAGUCUAGGGGUUGGUAUGCUAGCCAAUGAUAGACUUCAUGGAAUGGAAAGUUCUCACUCAGCUGAAGUUGCUCACAUGAAGUGACUGCUUGGCCGCUGAUGGCUUGAAUGAAUUUGGCAUCCCUUCGAGGAUUCACUUGUGAAAUUUGAAGAGAUCGCAAGCAGAGCGCUGAAGAAAGCAUGCGAGUUAUAAUUUUUUGCCAAAAAUUCUAAUAACUUCUAGGCAACGAGGACCGCCUUCCGAGGGUGGAAAACAGCCGCCAUUUUGUUAUGCGUGGUACUAGUUUUUCCCGAAGUUUUUGGAUGCAUCAGGAAGCUCAGUACAGCUGAGGUUUUUCUUGACAUAUCAUGAGCGUUAUAAGUUCUGCUUUGAAACGAUAUCAUCAGGAUCAUGCUACGUUCUGCUUUGAAACGAUACCAUCAGGAGCAUGCUACGUUCUUUUCUGACAACAUGUCAUGAGCAAUACUUUUACUAAGUUCAUCUUCUUAUCUUUGACAUUUGAAUCAACCAAGCAGGAUAUCGAUUUUGAUUCUAUUCCUUCCUGGUUCUUUCGCAAGUUUUCUUUUUGGCUGAAACCUGGUUCUUUCGCAAGUUCCUUUUGUUUGAAGAAGUACUAAGUCUUUGGUCUUCCUCGGUCAGUAUCAUUAAUUCUACCUGGUUCUAAUCAAACGACGUGCUUCCUUCCUCGGUCAGUAUCAUUAAUUCUACAAACAAAACAGACUACUUCAUUCUAGUCAACAUCAUUACUUCUAUCAUUGUUCUAAUCAAACGACGUGCUUCCUGCCUCCUUCCGCACGCAGGGUGGAUUCCAGGAAGGUCCAGCUACUUGUGGAGCUGAUUACGGCUAAGCCCAAACGUAGUCUAUUCUAAAGUAGUGGUAUUCUAAACCCCUAUAGGUAGUGGUAUUUCUAUAGGUAGUGGUAUUCUAAACCCCUAUAGGUAUACCAGAAAAGAAAAGGAGAACUGAUACUCGCUUCGCGAUAGUGGGGUCUUCUAAACCCCGGGAGUGGGUACAUUCAUGCAUUCACUCACUCCCGUGUAAUAUUUUACUUAUCAGCUGUGUGUAAUACAACUCAAGCGGCUGAUAAGUAAUAACUAUUACUCAAGCACUGAAGAAGCUUCUGCAGUUUGUGUAAUUAAACCCUGACUGUUUACUUACACUCACUGUUUGUGUUUACUUACAGCUCUUUGUGUCUACUUACACUUUCUGUUUGAUUACACACAGCUCUUUGUGUAAGAAACCCAUCGGCAGACAUUAUGAGCCCUAUCGGCAGACAUUAUGAGCCCUCUAAGCAGAUGACGAGACGACGCAGUGUGUGGACAGAGCGGCUGACGUGUACCACAAUGCCCUGAAGAAGUCCGACUUCACGAGGGUCGUGGACCUCAACUAUUUCUGUGUGCAUGAGUGCGAACUUAUGGCCUCUUCAUCUAAGGUCAUUCCAAUCCUCUAGUGAAAAAGACGAGUCAUUCUAAACCUUUAGUGAGAAAGACGAGUCAUUCUAAUGUAGAAGAUGGAAAGGGUCACUACGUAGAAGCAAGAUGGAAAGGGUCACUACGUAGAAGCAAGAUGAAAAGAGUCACGACAAGUCACUACAAGGGGAAAGAUCCUACUACGAUUAGUCCUAGUACUAGGAUAAUCAUAAUUCAUUCCAGAGUUUGUUGUUCUAGAGAAGUCAACGUUUUUUUUGUCUAAGGUUUAGUUACCUGGUAAUUCUAGAUUCUAGAACUAUAUGCGCACGUGCAGUGCUAAUGCUUGCAAUCCAGAUGCGAAGAAGCGCAAGGAGGUCACAGACCAAACGACUCUCGUACGUGGAGCAAAGCCGAAGAAGUUGCAACUGUGCCGUCGCAAGUGUCAUCGACCGGAGUUAUGGAAGAUGUGAUUAUUUUUUUUCAAGUCUGUAAAGUAGUAGUUCUACUUAGUUAGUUCUGAAAGCUGUAUUAAAGUUGUAGAUGGAGUCCUAACCUCAUUUUAACUUAAGGACUUGAGGAAUCAAUGAUUGAAUGACAAUAAGGACUCGCACCCAAGGACGUUGAAUGUAACCCUCCCUCCCCUUGCACUUGCUGAACUUACCCCCAGAUUGGGUAUACUACUACUACUACUACUAAAGCUGAGGGUAUAUAAAUCUUUUCUGUUAUAAAGACCUGUACCCUGAGGCGUCCCGACACGACAUGACAUAAGCAAGGCCUCCAUAUCGACGGCACUCACAUGACACUAAGGAAGAUACAUAUUUAAUAUGAUUAAAAGCAUACAGACGUCGAUGUGUUUUACUACAGCGUAGCUUUUUUACAAUCAACAUCAAUUUUUUAUCUUUACUACAACUACACUAAAACAAUCGAGUAUUACAUCUCCUUUCAUAAAAAGGCUGUGAGCGUGGACCGCGGGGGCGUCGAGAUAAGCCAGCGGAUGAUGACUCGGAGGAUGCGAAGUUAAGGGUUCUUGCAAGAAGUGGACCCAAGUUGCAUCUAUAGUGUAUUUGAGCUCAGUCACAUAGCAGCUACUACUUGUUUUUCACCUCCAGGUAGGUUUAUCUACUUAAGAUAAACCGUAAACCUCUAAAAAAGGAUGGCUCUGGAGAGGAGGCUGACGGUGGCCAUGGCCGCGAGCUCGGAUAUCAAGGGCAAAACUCGGAAAAAUCGAAACCGCCGGCUCCAAAGCAAGAAGUCGAAGAUGUUACGGUUACUUGUACCUUGUAAAAUACUUCUCAAGAUGCAAAAUGAAAAAAGGAAAGUGAAGAUUGAACAUGGAAGAUAAUUUGUCGCACGCGACAUAAAAACUGCACCACCUCGCGCUAGGCACAUUCAUUCAUUCAUUCAAGAUGCAGCAGAAGUACAACCCUCAACAUCAUUAACAAAGAUAGAUGAACUGCUUUCAGAUCCUCGUAUUUCUCCUUUCCCCUUUGAUGCUCCUUUUGAUGCUUCAUCUGCUACCAGGUUUCUCCUUGCAGAUGCUUCGACAUCUGCUAACACGUUCAAUGAUUAUCAGUUUCCUUCAUGAUCGUUUCUUCUUGCCUAUUAGACCAUUUAUAAUGAUCGUUCCUAACUUAUAAUGAUCAUCAGGUUCUUUCAUGUUCUUCCGCCCUGGAAUCGAGGCCGCUGAGAAAACGGCGGAUAAGCUUGUCAAGGACGCCACAGCGGCUGCAGACGAAGCCAUCUCAGCAGGCGGUGACGAGUGAGGAAGCGAGAAUGGAGUCAUCUUCAGGUGAUGACGAGUGAGGAAGCGAGAAUGGAGUCAUCAGGUGGUGACAUCUUCGAGGAUGAGGACUUUUUUUUUGAAGUUGCGAUUAGUCUCAACGUCAUAUUAUCGAACGACGGAGGGCGUCUUUCAGAUAUGAAAUCAAUAGUACAAGUGCUGUACUAGGAGGGGGCGCUGGGGGAUAGGAAGGUCCUCAGCGUAAAAGAUGAACCGGACAGCUGUGCCGUGGUCCCGCAACGAAAAUCACACACAAUGCAUUUCCUGGCUAAGAAAUUCCUUAUUUUUUCCCAUUGAAAUGAGUCAUACUCAUAUACAGAAUUUCUAUUCCAAUCUUGUAGCCGCAAUUGCUCAUACAUAAUUAUAGCUCAACGGUUAUAACUGGAACAUUCAGACGCCGGCGACCGGUCCGAGUCCGAGCUGCGAGCGACCUGAAGGAAGGGCCCCUUUGGGACCGAUCCAGGAAAAGAUCCCAAAAAUCUGUGUGGGUCUUCCAUCAACAAAACUGUUAAACCUAUGUCACGCUCUAGGUAAGUUUAGGACUACUGCCAUCACACUCUUCUAAGUUUGCUGAUUUGUGGUCGGUCUGAGAGUACAGCUUAAUGCGCUUCGUUGGUCUGAGAAGUGCCUCCGCAGUCCUCGGUGAUCGUAUGAGAUAAGCCUUUGUGCAUCUGCCCCGUCGGUAGUCGUCGUUGUUGCUUACUUCUAUGAAAGAAUCUGCUUUGAUAUAUUUCAAAUACUUAGAGCUGCACCAAAAUAAAGGUUUCCUCGUCGGGGAGGGGAGCUCACUGCACAGAAUCCAUAAUCAAACCUGUAACCUAAAAAUGGAUCAUCGCACAUUACCAGGCGGAGCUGCGUUCACAGGAACAAGUACUUUAGGCACGAAGCUCUAAUAGUGACUACUUUAGUAGUGAUGGGUCGUUCUUGCCAGUAUGAAGGAUAGUGCUGUUGAUGAUGACACUUCAUCUACAAUUAAAACCGAGAUGACGACGUUAACACACCUUCAUCUUCGACAAAGAGAAAUAGAAACGAGCGGAAGAU